GCGAGCGAAUCUCUGUCUGAGCAUGUGGGCUUUGCUCGUGUUUUCAUCGACCUGGUCAACGAGAACGACAACCGGCCGAUUUUCAGCAGCCCCCUGUACAACAUCAGCCUGCCUGAAGACACGCCGCCUGGGACCUCGCUCAUACAGAUCAUAGCAACAGACGGUGACUUUGGCGCAUUUGGAGUGGUGCGAUAUUACUUCAGUGAUGACCCAGACCAGUUCACAUUGGACUCAGUGACGGGCUGGGUGAUGUUGCAGUCGCGUCUGGACUUUGAGCUGAUGCGCCGCUUUACGCUGACGGUUCUGGCGCGGGACGGUGGCGGUGAGGAGACCACUGGUCGUCUGCGCAUCAACGUGCUGGACGUCAACGACAACCCGCCCGUCUUCCAGAAGGACGCAUACAUGGGCUUGCUCAGGGAGAACGAGCAGGGGCCGCAGCAGGUGGCCAGAGUCAGGGCAACAGACGAGGACUCUCCCCCGAACAAUCUGCUGACGUACACCAUCACCUAUGCGUCGAGCUUCAGGAGCUACUUCAGCAUCAGCAUUGUGGAGGGCUAUGCAGUGAUCAUGGUGAACAGGCCUCUGGACUACGAGAUGGUUCUUGAAGGAGUGAUCCAUCUGACUCUCAUGGCCAAAGAUGGGGGGAACCCAGCCCUGAACAGCACUGUGCCUAUUACCGUGGAGGUUUUUGAUGAAAAUGACAAUCCCCCUGAGUUUAGCCAGCCUGCCUACAUCGUCAUAAUCCCAGAGAAUAUUGUUGCAGGGGCUACGGUGUUGUACGUGAACGCCACAGACAAGGACGCGUCGCGGGAGUUUGGACAGGCCUCGCUCAUCUACGCACUUCAGGGCUCGUCUCAGUUCCGCCUGAACACGCGCUCAGGUGAGAUCACCACCACAGCUCUCCUGGACCGUGAGGUGAAGUCCGAGUACAUCCUGAUCGUGCGUGCAGUGGACGGAGGGGUGGGACCCCUGCAGAAGACGGGCAUUGCCACGGUGAAUGUCACCAUCCUGGACAUCAACGAUAACGCCCCCAUGUGGCGAGAUGAGCCAUACCUUGCCAACGUGGUGGAGAUGAGCCCCAUCAACACCGAUGUCAUCACGGUGUUGGCAGUGGACCCAGACUACGGGGACAACGGCACAGUGGUGUACUCCAUCAGCCCCCCCAACCCCUUCUACACCAUCAACAGCACCACGGGCAAGAUCCGGACCAGCGGCGCCGUGCUGGACCGCGAGAGCUCCAACCCCCACAACGCACAGCUCAUGAGGACCAUCGUCAUCUCAGCCACCGACCGUGGCACUCCACCUCUGCAGUCCUCUGUCAGCACCACUGUGUUUGUCAACCUCCUGGACCUGAAUGAUAAUGAUCCCGCCUUCCUCAACCUCCCAUUUGUUGCUGAGGUGCCAGAGGGCCUCCCGAUUGGUACAUCUGUGUUCAGGGUCCAGGUGGAGGACCCGGACGAGAAGGACAACGGCGCGGUGACCCUGGUGCUAGAGAUGGGCAUGCCGCGCCUCGACUUCACCCUCAACACCAGCAGCGGCGUGCUGACAUCCACCGUGGCGCUGGACCGCGAGCGCAUCGGCCAAUACUACCUGCGUAUCCUAGCCUACGACGCCGGGAAGUACCCGCGCACCUCCACCAGCACGCUCACCAUCACAGUGAUGGACGUUAAUGAUGAGACUCCCACCUUCUUCCCACCCGUGUAUAACGUGUCACUGCUGGAGAGUGUUCCGCGGGAUCACAUGCUCGUGCAGCUCAACUGCUCCGACAACGACGCCGGUCUCAACGCUGAGCUCAGCUACUUCAUCACAGGGGGGAACCAAGAUGGGAAGUUCAGUGUCGGCUUCAGAAACGGGAUUGUGAGGACAGUAGUAGGACUGGACCGGGAGUUCCAGGCUUCCUACACACUAGUCAUUGAGGCCAUCGAUAACGGUCCCGCAGGGGGCAGGAGAACAGGCACGGCCACGGUGUAUAUGAAGGUGCUGGAUGUCAAUGACAACCGGCCCAUCUUCUUGCAGAACAGCUACGAGACCAGCGUGUUGGAGACAGUGCCACAGGGAACCAGCAUCCUACAGGUGCAGGCUACAGAUGCGGAUGAGGGAGAGAACGGACGCGUUCUAUACAGGAUCCUCUCCGGCAACAUCAACCAGCUGUUCAGCAUCAGCAACCUGUCUGGCCUGAUCACCAGGGGACCCCGACGGCUGGACAGGGAGACCAGCAGCUCCCACGUGCUGGAGGUGGAGGCCUACAACAGUGACCAGGGCCCCAUGCGCAGCACAGUCAGGGUGAUCGUGUACGUGGAGGAUGCCAACGACGAGCCACCUGUCUUCACUCAGCAGCAGUACAACCGCCUGGGGCUCCGCGAGACCGCUGGUAUUGGCACCUCGGUGAUCGUGGUACGAGCCACAGACCCAGACACCGGUGACGGAGGUGCAGUGGCCUACACCCUGGUCUCAGGCUCGGACCGCAAGUUUGAGGUGGAUGUGAGCACGGGCCUAGUGACCACAGUGGAUUACUUGGACUACGAGACCAAGACCAGCUACCUGAUGAACGUGUCGGCCACGGACCAGUCGCCGCCGUUCCACCGCGGCUACUGCACAGUGUACGUGACGCUGCUCAACGAGCUAGACGAGGCCGUGGCCUUCUUCUUGUCUGGCUACGAGGCCACGCUACGUGAGAACAUCGACAGAGGCACUGAGGUCAUCCAGGUGCAGGCAAAGUCGGCUGACAACCUUAACCAGCUGACGUACCGCUUCGACCCCGACACAUCGCCAGCUGCACUUGCGCUCUUCAAGAUUGAUAGUGUCACGGGGCGUAUCAUGGUCACCGGGCUAUUGGACAGAGAGAAGGGUGACUCCUACACCCUUACCGUGCUGGCGGAUGACGGCGGCCCAAAGAGAGGCUCCACUGUGAAGGUGUCCAUCACCAUUGAGGAUGAGAAUGACAACAGUCCACAGUUCGACAUCACAUCUGACGUGUCCGUGAACAUCCCAGAGGACACUCCUAUUGGACAGAGAGUGGCCGUGGUGCUGGCCAGAGACAAAGACGCUGGGAACAAUGGACUGGUCAAUUUUACCCUGGUGGCGGGUAACAUGCAGGAUGUGUUUAGAAUCGUUACUGCCAACCACACAUAUGGGGAGAUCUAUGUGAAUACUCCCUUGGACCGCGAGGCAGUGGACCGCUACCUGCUGAAGGUGCGAGCUCUGGAUAGUGGCUCCCCUCCUCGCUACACUGACCACUCUUUGACCAUCAACAUCCUGGACGUUAACGAUAAUAGGCCAGUCGUCCAGAGCCCUCGCGGCUACAAUGUCUCCAUCAGUGAGAAUGUCGGCGGGGGCACAUCGGUUCUGCGUGUGGUGGCAACUGACCGUGACAUUGGCCGCAACGCCAUGCUGUUCUACUACAUCACCGGCGGCAACCAGGAUCUGACGUUCCGCAUGGACCGCGUGACGGGGGAGAUGGUGACACGGCCCUCCCCUCCAGACCGCGAACGGCAACAGGAAUACCAGCUGACCGUCACCGUGGAGGAUGACGGGACUCCUUCACUCUCGACAUCUACCACAGUGUGGGUGCAUGUUGUGGAUGAGAAUGACAACGCACCUGAGUUUCCAGAGAAGGAGUAUGUGACUGUGCUGAGUGAAGGGCCUCACACAGUCGGGGCCACUAUUGCCACGGUAACAGCCAUCGACCCAGAUGAGAAGCUCAAUGGAACCCUUCGUUAUGCCAUCACCCAGGGCAAUCUUGGUCAGACGUUUCACAUCAAUAACGUAACGGGAAGGAUUGUUGCAGUCAAAGAGUUGGACUACGAAGUCAGUAAUGGACGCUACACACUGGUUGUGACUGCGACAGACCAGUGUCCUUUCCCACAACUCAGACUGACAUCUAGUACCACGGUGUUGGUGAAUGUGCUGGAUGUGAACGAUGUGACCCCCACGUUCCCAAAGUCCUUUGAGGGGCCCUUUGAGAUCACUGAGGGCCAGCCGGGGCCCCGUGUGUGGACGGUCAAGGCCACUGAUGAGGACUCGGGCCUCAACGGCAAGGUGGAGUACACCAUCACCGCAGGAGACCUCAAGAAUGAGUUUGUGGUAUCUCCAGUGGAAGGGGAGCUGCGUGUCAGGCGAGACGUGGAGCUGGACAGAGAGACCACUCCUUCCUACAACAUUACCAUCACAGCACGGGACCUGGGAUCUCCCCCCCGAAGCAGCACGGUGGUGGUUGGGGUGUUGGUUCUGGACAUCAAUGAUAACGACCCGAUUCUGCUGAACCUGCCCUACAACACCAGUGUGAGUGAGGGUGCAGCCAUCCACACCUCUGUGGCCCGGGUCCAAGCAAGUGACGCCGACAGUGGCCGCAACGCCCUCCUCACUUUCAACAUCACCGCCGGCAACAUAGACGGAGCCUUCUACAUCAAUGAGACUACAGGUGUGGUGCAGGUGAACAGGCCACUGGACAGAGAGAGAAUAGACGAGUACCGACUGACCAUUACAGUCAAAGACAACCCUGAGAACCCCCGGAUAGCACGUCGGGAUUCAGACACUCUGGUGGUCAGGAUUCUGGAUGAGAACGACAACCGGCCUCUCUUUACGCAGCCCAGCUACCGUGCCGAAAUCAUGGAAAACUCCCUUGCAGGCAGUACUGUGUCUGUUUUGAAUGGGCCAGUGCAAGCACUGGAUAAGGACAUCGGAAUUAAUUCUGUAGUGAAGUAUAAGCUGCUGGGUUCUAGAGUCGACCUCUUCACAAUCGACGCCAACACAGGCGAGGUGCAUGUGCGCGAGGGGGCCAAGCUGGACCGCGAGGCGUUCUCCGAGCCACGUGUGGAGCUGCAGCUGCUAGCCCAGGACGUGGGGGGGCUCAACAGCAGCGUGCCCCUCAGCAUCAUCAUCCUGGACGUCAACGACAACCCCCCAGUCUUCAACCCGGCCAGCUUCACCGUACGCCUGCCCGAGAACAGCCCCACAGGUGUGGUGGUGACACAGCUGUCGGCCACCGAUGCUGAUUCAGGCGCUAAUGGCUGGCUGCUGUACCGCCUGGAGAGUGGCGCCCAGGACCGCUUCGUGGUGGACUCCCUCUCGGGCGCCGUGCUGGUUGGCAACGCCACACUGGACCGUGAGGAGCGCGCCUCCUACCGCCUCAUUGUCAUGGCAACCGAUCGCGGCACGCCGCCCCUCUCUGCCACUGCCACGCUCACCGUGAUGCUCGAUGACGUUAACGACUCGCGGCCACGCUUCAUCCGCCCGGUGCAGACCAUCAGCGUCAACGAGUCCACGCCGCCCGGUGAAGUGGUGGCCACGCUCGCGGCCGAGGACCCCGACCUCCGGCCCCGGCUGGAGUACUACAUCAUCUCGGUGGAGGCCCGCGAUGAUGCCAACAAGCCCGUCGGGGGCCUGCAGGACUCGUUUGGCAUCGAGUUCCACACAGGCUCUGUGUUUGUGCGUAACCCUUUGAACAGGGAGCUCGUUGCCACCUUCGACAUCAUUGUUUCUGUCCAUGACAAUGCUAGUGAUGUCAUUGACCAGUCAGUCAGUGUUCCCAAUGCCAGGCUGACGGUCAACGUGCUCGACGUCAAUGACAAUGCUCCACGUUUCCGGCCCUUUGGCGUGGCAAACUUCUCCGAGAAGAUUCUAGAAGGGGCUCAACCUGGCACCACGCUGCUGUCCGUGUCGGCUGUGGACCCUGAUAAAGGCCCCAACGGGCAGGUGAUCUAUCAGCUGCUGCACCUGCCCCGUGGGGACUACCUGAGGCUAGAGGACCCCUCCACAGGGAAGAUCGUGGCCAACCGGACGGUGGACUAUGAACAGGUGCAGUGGCUGAACUUCACCGUUCGCGCUCAGGACCAUGGGAGCCCGCCCCGCUUCGCUGAGCUGCCCGUCUACCUGCGCAUUAUGGACGUCAACGACAACAACCCCGUUUUCUCACUGCCCUCUUAUCAGAAACCUGUGUUCGAGGAUGUAGCUCUAGGCACCAUCAUUGUGAGUGUGAGUGCUACGGAUGCCGACUCUGGCCUCUUCUCCGUCAUCGAAUACAGCCUGGUUGACGGGGAGGGCAAGUUUGGCAUCACUCCCAGCACGGGCGCUAUCUACAUUCUCUCUCCGCUGGACAGAGAGACUAAAGACCACUACACCCUAACAGCUGUUGCCCGUGACAAUCCAGGAGGGAUUCCGAACCAACGCAGGGAAAACUCAGUUCAGGUUCUGGUGACUGUUCUGGAUGUGAAUGACUUCCAUCCACGGUUCUCUGAGCGGGUCUUCAGCACCAGUGUGUUUGAGAACGAGCCCAGUGGAACCUCUGUCAUCACUCUCUCUGCUACCGACCUGGAUGAGGGAGAGAACGCCAUCCUCACAUACAGUAUGCAAGGGCCUGGAGCAGACGCGUUCUCUCUGCACCCUGACAGCGGCGUGGUGCGCUCGCUGCGUCUGCUCCAGUCCUUUGAGCGUUUUAACCUGACGGUGGUGGCCACUGACCACGGCAGACCUCCGCUCUGGGGCACGGCCAUCCUCCACAUCACUGUCAUCGACGUCAACAACAACAGGCCCGUCUUUGUCCGACCCGCUAACGGCACCAUCAUGCACAUCCAGGAGGAGCAGCCCCCAGGUCUGGUGGUGUAUGAAGUGUUUGCCACUGACGAAGAUGAGGGGGUGAAUGGGGAGGUGCGGUACUCUUUCCUGCAGACAGGCGCAGGCAACCGGGACUGGGAGAACUUCCACAUCGACCCGAUCACGGGAGUUAUCACCACGGCCGUCAAAUUGGACCGAGAGAAACAAGCCCUGCACAGUCUGAUCAUAGUGGCUUAUGACCAGGGCCAGCCUGUGCCAUAUGAGACCACUCAGCCACUCCAGGUGGCCCUGACCGACAUAGAUGACAACGAGCCCGUCUUCCUCAAGCCGCCGAGGGGCAGUCUGCCCUACCAGGUCCUCUCUGUCCCAGAGCACUCCUCAUCAGGCACAGUGGUGGGGAACGUGACCGGCGCAGUGGAUGCUGACGAGGGCUCCAACGGUGUCGUCUACUACUUCAUCGCUGGGGGAGACACUGAGGGCAACUUUGGACUGAGCCCAGCAGGUGUGCUGCGUGUCAGAAAGGAUCUUGACCGCGAGGAUAUUCCGGUUUAUUCCAUCAUCGUCAAGGCCUCCAGUAACCGCAACUGGACACCCCCUAGAGGUCAAAGGUCACAUCGUACUCGGGUUCUAGACCCGGGCCAGGACCCCACUCUCCAAGAGGUCCGCAUCUACCUAGAGGACAUCAACGACCAGGCACCACGCUUCACUAAGAUAGAAUACACAGCAGGAGUGGCAGCUGAUGCUAAGGUGGGCUCAGACCUGAUCCGUGUGCAGGCGCUGGAUAAUGACAUUGGGAACAACAGCAUAGUGCUCUACCAUAUCCUGUCCAUCACCUACAUCAAGUUACAGUCCAACAGUUCUGAGGAGAUGGGCAACAUCUUCAUCAUCGGUGAAACGGAUGGGAUAAUCCGUACAUUUGACCUGUUCAUGGCUUAUGCUCCUGGUUACUUUGUGGUGGAAGUGUUGGCCCGAGACCUGGCGGGGCACAGCGACAUCACCAACGUGGGCAUCUACAUCCUGAGGGAUGACCAGCGUGUGAAAAUCGUCAUCAACGAGACCCCAGAGCGUGUGCGUCUGUUCCAAGAGGAGUUUGUUAAUCUUCUGUCCAACAUCACAGGAGCCAUCGUCAGCACAGAUGAUGUGCAGUUCCAUGUGGAUAAGAAGGGGCGUGUGAACUUCGCUCAGACAGACAUGCUGAUCCACGUGGUCAACAAGCAGACCAACCGCAUUCUGGAUGUGGAGAGAGUGAUCCAGAUGAUUGAUGAGAAUAUGGAGCAGUUGAGAAACCUGUUCAGGAACUACAACGUCCUGGACGUCCAACCGGCCGAGACCGGCAGGGCCCCAGAUGACCUCACAACUCUGCAGAUGGCCAUUAUUGUUCUUGCAGUGCUGCUCUUCAUCGCUGCUAUGCUGUUCAUCUUCAUGAACUGGUACUACCGUACAGUGCACAAGCGGAAGCUGAAAGCCAUAGUGGCCGGCUCCACAGGGAACCCGGGGCUCGUGGACAUCCUGGAAAUGCCCAACACCAACAAGUACUCCUUUGAGGGGGCAAACCCAGUGUGGCUGGAUCCGUUCUGCAGGAACCUGGAGCUGGCAGCACAGGCAGAACAUGAGGACGACCUGCCCGAGGACCUGAGCGACAUCACCGACCUUUGGAACAGCCCUGCGCGCACUCAUGGCACAUUUGGGCGUGAGCCACAGGCCUCAAAGCCAGAAGAUGAUCGCUACCUGCGGGCGGCCAUUCAGGAGUACGACAACAUCGCCAAACUGGGUCAGAUUAUGAGAGAAGGACCUAUUAAGCUGAUCCAGAGUGACCUGGAUGAGGACGAUGACGAGCGGCUGGGCGGUGGCGUACGCGGCGGCACGCUUCGCUUCAAGCACAAGCACCCGGUGGAGCUGCGCGGGCCCGAGGGCGUGCACGUGGUGCACGGCAGCACGGGCACGCUCCUGACCUCCGACCUCAACAGCCUGCCCGAGGACGACCAGCGGGCACUGGGGCGCUCGCUGGAGACGCUAAAUGCCGCUAACGCUACAAGCACUGAGUCGGCCAAGUCCACGCCGCUGCACCGGCACAAGGACGGCCACGGGCUAGCCGAGAGCCCACUGGAGGUGACGGAGUUAUGACUAGCCGAGGCCUCGCUGGUCUGAGCUGAGCAGAGCAGAGCCCGCCUGUGCUGCCCUCCACCCUCCAGCUGCCACACCCCGCCUGCUCAACCUGCCCAUGUCCUGCCCUGAAGGCAUCUGGGUCCAGGGCUGGGUUGGACUGGGGACAACAGCAGUGGGUGACUGUAGUCUGUGGAGGGCAUUAGCGUGUGGAGAUGUGUUGUCUGGGGCGGGAAAAAAAGACAAAGCCAAAUUUUAAAGGGAGAAUCAGUGGGAGAAUUAAAGAGCACUGACAUCUUAUGGACAUCUUUCCUCUCAUGCAGGUCAACAGAGAUGAGAGUGUCAGUAACCAUGGCUCAAUAGGAAUGACCUCCUGUUCUUGAUGAGGCAUGAGAAACAAAGUGUUCUCGGAGAGAGAAUAGGGGUUUUCUCUUUCAUUUUGGCUCAGCAUCUCGGAUUGCAUACAUCCACACACGCACAGGAAGGGAAGAACUAUCAUUUUAAAAAUAGAGCUCUCUCAGACCAGCGAACGGCCAUUGAUAGAAGUUAAAAAAGUAUGUGAACUGCAGUAUUUUGUAUGUGAACUGGGGGGGAAAAAAAGAGACAACAGGAAAACUCGAUGAUCCAAGUGGAGAAUGAGUUAAAGCAGGAAGCUCAACGUUGGAGGUUCCCUUCAGGGAAAUGGAUAAAAAGGAUCUUCCUGAACAACAAAAGAAUUUAAAAAAAAAAAAAAAUCAAACCAGCCUCCACAUAAAAAAGGACUCUCUCUCAUGCCUCCCUCUUGUCAGGGAGCAUUCAGGAGGCAAGACACUUCAUAAGCACAAAAAGGAUCAUGUGAAAAAUCUUCACAUCUUCACCAAGGCAUGGACCUACUGAGGACUUGCGUACAGACAGACCACCCACUGUUUGACACACCACAUCAAUCUGGACCUCUUGUUGCGUCAGAGCGAAAGAAUCUGAACUCUCUUGGACAAUGUGCUCCUUGGAGUCAGAGUGGCAACGCAGAAAGACAGUGUGUUCUAGUGAAACACAGUUGAGCCGCUCAGAAGCACGGCAGUCUUAAUCAACAGAAAGGGGACCAGAGGGGGUGGUGGGAUUGUGUGUUGGGACUGUACCUCCUUGGACCCACCUUUUGCCUCCACAGUGGGUGACUUGCUCCAACAUGGAUCUGGCCUUGAUCAGACACACCUGGUUUGGAGUCAGCAGCUAUAUAGAUGUGUUCAUAUAAAAAUUAAAAAAAGAUUAUGUUAAAAAAGAUUACAUUAAAAAGCUUCAGUCCCAGCACUGUGGACAGAUCAAAUCCCCACUCGACUGACUUUACACUGCCACGUCAGAUGAGAAAAAGAGAACAUUGUGUUUUUUUUUUUUUUUUUUUUCAAUUUUAAUAUAGUGAAAAGAGAGAAAAAGAAAACAAAAAAUGAUAUUUUUGAAGAAAAAAAAGCUGACUUACCAAAAUGAGUUGAGUGAAACUGGAUGUCAUCAGUCAGUGCAUUUUUCUUCUUUUUUCUUGUAAUGGUUCUCUCUGAAUCUCAGCUGGGUUGAAUUGCCAGGUCUGUUGUGUUAAGUCUUAUUUUUAUAUUCUCGUUUUUUGUAAGUCCUAUGUUUUUGUCAUUGAAUGUCUGUUGUCACCAGCUUGGGGGAUAAAUGUUGUUGGACGAUCUGUGAUAAAUAAACCUAAUUAUGCAACGGUUA